UGCAUCGUCAGAGUGAAAUGUCAGGCCAUCAAAACAAGUCAUUCUAGAAGUUGUUGCAUUUAACAUCGUAAAGUACGGAGACAAUCUCACACAUAAAAAAUGACUGACAUAGCCGAUUGGUACAAACAGCUACCAAGAUUCACCAAAUAUUGGCUGUCGCUGACUGUCGGUAUCAGUCUGUUGGCCAAAAUAGGAAUUCUGCCCGAUUACUACCUCGUCUUGUUUUGGGAUUUCGUUUGGAGGAAAUUGCAUAUAUGGCGACCCAUCACAGCGGUAUUCUAUUACCCGCUGAAUCCCAAUACGGGCUUUCAUUUCAUGCUGAAUUGCUUUUUCCUGUACAAUUACUCACUACGCUUGGAACAGGAACAUUUCAAGGGUAGUCCGGCCGACUACCUGUUCAUGCUGGUAUUUAAUUGGCUUUGUUGUGUAAUUGUUGGUGUAAUUGCAUCAUUCCCGCUCCUAAUGGAUCCGAUGAUCCUGUCAGUUUUGUACGUUUGGUGUCAACUGAACAAAGAUGUGAUUGUGAACUUCUGGUUCGGGACACGUUUCAAAGCGAUGUAUCUGCCGUGGGUGUUGCUGGCCUUCAAUUUCAUUCUAAGCGGAGCCAUGUUCUCAUUGGUCGGAAUCGUUGUCGGCCAUCUGUACUUCUUCUUGAAGUUUAAGUAUCCACAAGAGUUGGGCGGAGCAUCGUAUUUGGAAACGCCGGGAAUACUAAAACAAUAUUUUCCGGAUGUUCGCGGUGGUGUCCAUGGAUUCGGUGUAGCGCCGGAGAAUCAACGGAAUGUGCAAGAGAACAACGAAAUGGGAAAUCGAUAUUUCGGAGCUCAGGGCUGGGGUCGAGGGCAUGUGCUUGGUCGUUGAUUUGAUUAAAUGUUGUGGCUAUACAAACACAACGUCUCCUGGCUGAGAGAAGGUUGUCUCUAAACUAUUGUAAUUUACAUGUUCUACUAUCAUGUCACUAAACAAGGACAAUAGAAAAACGAAA